GCCUUCCUAAGGUAGUUGAUGUUUAUCGUAUGUAUUUCUUACAUUUAAGUGCAUUUUCCUUUGUUUCCAUUGUGCUGUUGUUGCGGUUGUUGUGGUUGUUGGUUUCUCCCAUUGGGUGAGUUGUGGAAAUUGAAUUACAUAUCUGAGAUAAUUCCGGUAAGAUGGCGUUGAAAUUGUAAUACUCAUCUAAUAAUCAUAUCUGUGUGAGCGUGGCCAGGGAUUUCUGGGAUAUUUCUCUGCACAAAAGGGACAGAGCUUAUCUGAAGUGGAAAACUUGUUGUUGUCAUUGUUAUCUCCACACUAAUAGGGUUUUUGUGUUUGGAAAUCAUUUGGUUGUGGACAAAGACUUGGUAAUUUCCCCCCAUAGCGUCUGUGUCAAGCCUUAUCUAUUCUGAUAGCUUGGUUUGACUGACAGUUGGAAGUGAAUGGCACUCUGUGCAGAGAGGAUAGACCUUUCUCACAGUGGUAAUAACGUGUAGAAAAGCUGCAAACAAUGCUUUUUUUUUUUAAUCUGAUCACGAAGUCAUUAUCCAUUUAAAUGAAUAUGACAAUAAAAUUGACUUUCUGGGUGAUUGUUGCCAAAUUGAGAAAACAAAAUAAUUAUUAAGUUGUGAUUCUAAUUAUUCCCUCCCACUCACUAGAAGAAAAUAUCAACAACUCCGGUCGAUUGGAAAGAAGACGCCUUCGUCGUAGGUUUUAACUGCCAUUUCAAUAAUAUUCAAAUCGCCAUAAUAAUCGUCCUCUGACCAUGCUCUCAGAGCAACUUAAUCGUGCGUACACUUUAUCAGGUUUGCGAUACAAAUGCAUUAGGAGGAUCCCGUGCCUCUUUCAUUAAAGUAGUUGGGGAAAUUGAUCCCGCCCCCUUUCAGGAGUAAAAAAAAAAAGAAGCGAUUAUUUCUCCUCUCGCCGGGAGAGGGUGAGGGAAAGACUCGGCCAGGAUUGUGGGAACGAGCAGAAUCAGCCCUCAACACCGUCAGCUACAGACGUCGUCCACGGCUUCAACCUUCCCCUCCUUCGCUCCGACCGGCACUUCACACACAGGGAGACCAAGCGACAGACAGUCCGCCGCUGCUGCCUGCUCCUCAACACGCUCCUGUCUGACGAGUGACCCAAUAGUUUUUGAAUGACAUUAUUAAUACACACACGCACACUUUUGGUUCGGUCUGUCGACGUCCUCUCUUGAGUUGGGUUCCUGGAUUUAAGAUCGUCUUCUUUGCACACAUUCACAAAGUCCACCAUCCCCAUUCAACCCCAGAGCCGAGGCUUCAACGAGGUGACAUUCGCGUGGAAGGCACCGCCGGGGGAGCAGCGUGUAGUAUCUCUCACUUCCAGGGGACAAGAGUCCAUGCAUACCCAAGUACAGACGCUGGAGUCUUUGAAUUGAGUUGAAGUUGAGAAAAGAAGAGCAAAGACUGGUGGAAGGAGAGAAAAGCAGCUGGCGCGUGAGGAAGAGAAAAGAAAAGACGCGGACAGAAGAGAAAGAAAGGGGAGAGCGAGCCGAGAAGGAGAAAGAGAAAGAAACAGAGGCGCACCGCCGUUCCUUUAUUUUCCGUUCGAGCCAGAGGAGCGAGAGCGCAUCCGAGAGACGGGGACGAUGGGGAGGAAAAAGAUACAGAUCACGCGGAUUAUGGAUGAACGCAACAGACAGGUUACGUUUACAAAGCGAAAGUUUGGCCUGAUGAAGAAGGCGUACGAGCUGAGCGUGCUGUGCGACUGCGAGAUCGCCCUGAUCAUCUUCAACAGCACCAACAAGCUGUUCCAGUACGCCAGCACAGACAUGGACAAGGUCCUGCUCAAAUACACAGAGUACAACGAGCCCCACGAGAGCAGGACCAACUCAGACAUUGUGGAGACGUUGAGAAAGAAGGGCCUAAAUGGCUGUGACAGCCCAGACCCCGAUGCGGACGACUCUGUCGGCCACAGCCCCGAGUCCGAAGACAAGUACAGAAAAAUAAACGAGGAUAUAGACCUGAUGAUCAACAGACAGAGAUUGUGUGCGCUAAACAAGAAGGAGAACAAAGGCGGGGAGAGCCCGGAGCUCGAGACCGUGCUCACGCUCACGCCGCGAACCGAGGAGAAAUACAAACAGAUAAACGAGGAGUUUGAUCAAAUGAUUAAGACCCAUAAGAUACCCCAGGGCGUGCCCCAGUCCAACUACGAGAUGCCUGUGUCCAUCCCCGUCAGCAACCAGAACAGUCUCAUCUACAGCCAUCCCGGCGGUUCCCUAGGCAACCACAACCUCUUGCCACUGGCGCACCACGGCCUCCAGAGAAACAGCAUGUCCCCCGGUGUCACACACAGACCCCCCAGUGCAGGUGGCCUCAUGGGUGCUGACCUCACUACUGGCGCAGGCACCAGUGCUGGAAACGGCUACGGAAACCACCGUAACUCGCCCGGUCUGCUGGUCUCUCCAGGUGGCAUGAACAAAAACAUGCAGGCCAAGUCUCCCCCGCCCAUGAACCUGGGCAUGAACAACCGCAAGCCGGACCUCCGCGUGCUCAUCCCCCCCGGCGCCAAGAACAACAUGCCGUCCAUCAACCAGAGAAUAAACAACUCCCAGUCUGCCCAGUCACUGGCCACACCAGUCGUAUCCGUAGCAACACCCACCUUGCCGGGGCAAGGAAUGGGAGGUUACCCAUCUGCUAUCUCUACUUCCUAUGGUACUGAAUAUUCCCUGAAUAGUGCAGAUCUGUCCUCCCUGUCUGGCUUCAACAGUGGCAGCUCCCUUCACCUGGGCUCCAUGAGCGGCUGGCAGCAGCAGCACAUCCAGAACAUGCAGCAUUCAGCCAGCCUGGGCCAGCUAGGAAACUGCGCUAGCUCCCACUUGUGUCAGGGCUCCAAUCUGUCGCUGCCCUCCGCCCAGAGCCUGCACAUCAAGUCCGAGCCCGUGUCCCCUCCGCGGGAUCGCACCAGCAGCACGGGCGGCUACGGCGGCGGCAUGCCGCCCCAGCAGCAGAACCUCCCCUCGUCCCGCCAGGACUCUGGCCGCUCCCCCGUGGACAGCCUGAGCAGCUGCAGCAGCUCCCACGAGGGCAGCGACCGGGACGACCACCGCAACGACUUCCACUCGCCCCUGGGGCUGGCGAGGCCCAACAUGGACGAGCGCGAGAGCCCCUCCAUCAAGCGCGUGCGCCUGUCGGAGGGCUGGGCCACAUGAUGGAUACCCCCCCUGUCCCCACGUGGUCCCUGAAGAA